GUUCGGCCGGCCCUACUACGCAAUCGUUUCAACUAGACUAGCUAGGUUCGUCGAGUGUUUCAAUCAUCAUGUCAGAAUCGAAUGAGUCAGCUCCGAUGGCUGAGCCAGAAGUGACGGCAGCAGCAGAGGAGGCAGAUCGCCUUUACAGUGCUAACAAAUCAACCGAGAUGUACGACCAUUUGAUACGCUUCAAAGAUACCACUCACGAUGAGCUUCUUUGGCGUCUAGCCAGGGCCUGUUGGUCAGUGGGUCAACUGGCCAGCACAAGCAAGGACGAGAAGAAGAAACUGACCUUUGAUUUACAUGACUUUGCCCAGAGGGCACUGAAGGCAAAUGAUCAGAACUUUGCUAGCCACAAGUGGUAUGCUAUUUCCUUGAGUGAAAUAGGGGAAUAUAAGGGAACAAAGGAGAAAAUUGAAAAUGCCUUUACCAUCAAGGAUCAUUUUGUGCGAGCCAUUGAAUUGAACCCUCAGGAUGCUACAUCUAUACAUUUGCUUGGUCGUUGGUAUUUCACAUUUGCUGAUAUGGGAUGGAUUCAGAGAAAUUUAGCUGCCACAGUCUUUGCAACACCCCCCAGUGGAACUUAUGACGAGGCUAUUGAACAAUUCCUCCAUGCAGAGAAAGUGAAACCAAACUUCUAUAGCAAGAACCUGUUGUGGCUAGGAAACACGUAUCUCAAGAAGGGCGACAAAACUUCAGCUCGUACUUAUUUAGAAAAAGCUGUAAACUACCCUGUGGAGACAGAUGAAGAUAAAGAGGUAGUCAAGCAGGCAGAGCAACACCUAAAGUCACUAUAGCACGUCAACUAAUCAUGACAUCUAAGUACAUAACUGGACCAACAUGCCGCUGUACUACAAUAGCUAUUUUAAGUAUAAUAUCUACAUAUUGGUAAAUUAGUAGGCCUACAGUUGGAUAAAGGAGCACAUGCCUGGCAUUCAAGGAGAUUCAUAAAUACAUAUUAAAUGCUAGCACACAUGUUAUUCCUACAGACACUUGAAUUAUACAAUGCUUAUGCAGAUGGCAUGAAUAAUACCGAUUUUGUAAACUGCAAUAGUGCCAGUCUUUAUAGUUUGGCUUCUAAUAAAAACAACCCGGUAGUUGUGUUUCUGCCUUAAGCAGGCGGAGGUCAAUCGCAUAUAUAGCUUGCUGUUCUGUAUGGAGAGAACCUGGAUAUCUCGGUGGACCUCCCCUUCCCGACCGGCCCACACAUGCCACUGUGGUUUGAAUUGCCACUGCCCAACCUGUUAUCAGAGCCAUACGUGUAUGUCUGCACUUCUUUUCAUCUAGCUCAUCAGUGGUAUUUUAACAGUGCAAGCAAGUUUAUACACUGUCCAAUCUUUGUAAUGAAAAUGGCAACAAUUAUUGUUUUAGUUAG